AUGUCACCGCUCAACAAGUUGGAGAACCGCUCAGGGAUUUUCCCCAGGAGAUUGGAAUCACUGGUAUCAUUGUGGAAACGUAUCGCAAUUCCGCCGGGGGUCUACCAGUCUCCGAUACAAAUAGAAGAGAGCAACAGGGAUCCAUGGAUAAAAUCAGGUAAAUAUGCCCUUGGCUGGGUAUAUUUCUCCAUAAUUCUGCUUGUUGCGACGACUUUGUUUUAUCUUUACAAUAUUUGGUGUGAUAAGAUAAGAACAGGCCUCUACAAGGAAGAAAUCCGUAAUAUCAAGAUGUCAUCGCCGCAGUUGGAUAUCGAGAUGACAAGCCCUGGCACAGCCAACUCUUCGCGCAAUUUCUUCCCUACUGAAGAAACACUUGACUCCGUUUCCGGGCCUAAACGGGAAUCUUCCAUCUCGAAUUUACCAUUCAUAAACUACCUAACAGCGUUGAUAAGGUGGAUAGUCUACAGACCAAUUCCAGUUAUUCGACUAUGGAAAGUGGAGAUCGUACCCCCGUCUAUGGGUGCUAGCGUUGUAGUGACAAUGGCUUUAAUAUUUGUCACGCUCUACUGCUUCGUACCCCAACCCCUUUUUUAUAGCAGCAUCCGAGCCGGAUCUCCCCCCUUAGCUAUCCGUGCUGGAAUGAUCGCUGUUGCGUUGAUGCCGUGGAUAGUCGCAUUGAGCUCGAAGGCAAAUCUCAUCUCUCUAAUGACCGGCAUUGGCCAUGAGCGGCUUAAUGUUUUGCAUCGGUGGGGCGGCUACCUCUGCCUCUUUUUGAGUCUUGUUCACAUGAUUCCAUUUUAUAUUACCCCUGUCUGGGAGAACGACGGAUUGCAAAUAUAUGGGAAGCUUCGCACUGGAAAUCUGUAUAUCUACGCCUCUGGACUGGCAGCAUUCGCACCGCUUUGUUUCCUUUGUGUCCAUUCCUUACCCGUGCUCCGCAGCCGGAUGUAUGAGCUCUUCGUAACCUUACAUGUACCUGUCAGCAUCGUGUUCCUUGGAACGCUUUUCUGGCACUGCAAAAAUUUCUUGACUUCAUGGCAUUACCUGUUUUCUACCGUGGGGAUCUGGCUGGUGUCAUACUUCGCUAGGCUGUUCUUCCUCAAUUGGACUAACCCCUUCCGUAUUUCCUGGCUCAUCGGGGAAGAGUCUGCAGUCACAAUUCUGCCCGAGACUGCGGUUAAAGUCACGAUCCCUACGCAGAUGAGAUGGAAGCCAGGUCAUGACGACUUUCCCUCCGAAUACGGCGAGGAGUACCGAGAUAUGAUACUUGUCUUUCGGCCAUUUGGUGGAUUUACCGGCAAAGUACUUGACAUUGCUCUUGAAAAAGGGCCAUAUAAGACUUACCGUGCUUUUAUUGAUGGCCCUUACGGAGGCAUGCGACGGGAAAUGGCCUCAUUCGAUGACGUAGUCUUUUUUGCGGGGGGCAGUGGCAUUACAGCCAUCGCUAGCCAGCUCCUUGAUCUAAUCAAAAGAAUGCGAGACGGCAAGGCCCUCACGCGAACUGUGCGGGUUAUCUGGGCCCUCAAACGCCCGGAAACUAUGGAAUGGUUCAAAGAAGAAUUGCGAAUAUGUCGUGAAUAUGCCCCUCCAGGCUCUGUCUUUUGCCAAUUCUACCUCACGGCCGCGAAGCGCUACGACGGAACUACUAUAACUCGCUCAAGGCCCCAUAGCACCGUCUUACACGAUCGGAUAAAUGACGCUUUCCAGGGAGUCGCUAGCAAGCGAAACUCUGCCUUCAUCCGUGAGGAAGCUGGCGGGGAUGUAGAGCGCGAAAAGGAACUUCGCCGCGAAAACGAGGAUGGAAUUUCUGCCCUACCAGCCGCCCUCAUCCAGCAACACCACCAAACCUUUCAUCACUCGCGCUCCCUAGGCCCCGAAAUCGUCGCCCCCAUUCCCGUCGCCGGAUCCGCACACCCGUUCCCCUCUUUUCCUUUCUCCCAAGAGGAUUACUUCAACCAACAACACCAACCACAACAAGCGACGGAAGACCCACGCUCUUUCGACUUCGGUUUUCCCAGCACCCCCACACUUUUCCAAAAGAACCUAAUGCGUUUCGCCUUCCUCCCGACGCAAAAACGCGACGGCUGGCGUACCGAAUAUGGCCGGCCGGAUAUCCCCUUUAUGCUGCGGCAGUUUGCUAAAGAUUUCGGCCGGCGUACGUGUGUAUUUGUCUGCGGACCGCCUAGUAUGCGGAUUGAUGUGGCGAAUACUGUUGCGCAGUUGCAGAGGGUUGUUAUGAAGGAUCCGGGGAAGGAUGAACUGUAUUUGCAUACCGAGAAUUAUGCUAUUUGA